CCUCCUUUUCCUCUAUCACACACACUGUCUGCCUCUUCGUCUAUCUUCAGUCUCAUGUUCGAACCACCGACAAGCAGGAGCAGAUACCCUGUCUAACCGAUACUGAGAGCUCGCUGCCGGGGGCAGGCAGAGUCCACUCAGCGGUUCCAGGAUGCGGUACUUCAAGUUUUGGGGACCAUGUUCGGUUGGAUUUUAUAUUUGUGCUACCAUGCUUUUCAAAGGAUCCCUGCAGGGUGAAUACCAGAGGAGGUUGUACAAGGAACUGAUGGCUAACUACAACCGACUGGAGAGACCUGUGGUCAACGACUCAGCCCCCAUCCUGGUGGAGCUGGGCCUCACACUACUGCAGAUCAUAGAUGUGGAUGAGAAGAACCAAGUGCUGAUGACCAACGCCUGGCUGCAGCUGUACUGGACCGACAUAUACCUGAGCUGGAAUCCAGAAAACUUCCCUGGUGUCCAGAACCUGAGAUUCCCUUCAGACCAGAUCUGGACCCCUGACAUCCUUCUUUACAACAGUGCGGACGAGCGCUUUGACGCCACCUUCCACACCAAUGUACUGGUGAAUGCAUCAGGUUACUGCCAGUACAUCCCUCCUGGUAUCCUCAAGAGCACCUGCUACAUCGAUGUGCGUUGGUUCCCCUUCGACGUGCAAAAGUGCGACUUGAAGUUUGGCUCCUGGACGCACAACGGCUGGCUGCUGGACCUCCAGAUGUUGGAUGUGGACAUAUCCACCUACAUAUCCAAUGGGGAGUGGGACCUUGUGGGUGUGCCAGCCAAGCGCAACGAGCUGUAUUACGAUUGCUGUAAGGAGCCCUACCCAGACGUGACAUUCACGGUCACAAUGCGCCGCAGGACACUUUAUUAUGGCCUCAAUUUGCUCAUCCCCUGUGUGCUGAUCUCCGGCUUGGCCCUGCUGGUCUUUCUGUUGCCUGCUGACUCUGGAGAAAAGAUUUCUUUAGGCAUCACCGUGCUCCUCUCGCUAACUGUCUUCAUGCUUCUGGUGGCAGAGAUCAUGCCUGCCACGUCUGACUCGGUCCCUCUCAUCGCUCAGUACUUUGCCAGCACCAUGAUGAUUGUGGGGAUGUCUGUGGUGGUGACUGUUAUCGUCCUGCAGUUCCACCACCAUGACCCACAGGGAGGCAAGAUGCCCAAGUUGGUUCGUGUGGUUCUAUUGAACUGGUGCGCCUGGUUUCUCCGGAUGAAACAGCCUGGUGAAGAGCGCAAGCGGCCUGGCUACAAAUACCGUCACCCGACCCAGCACCACUCUAGCACCGGCUCCAUAGAGAUGGGUGCUGUACCAAGCCUCAGUGUUCCCCUUUCACAGACUUCCUGCCCACCAUGCCCCACAGGCACCUCCAACGGUUCCAUGAGCCUUUACUUCAGUAACUACCACCCCAUAGAGAGCCCACACUGCCCACCUUCUAGCGACUCUGGGGUUGCACUAGGAGGACGUGCCCAUGGCUCGCCCAGUGAUGAGGCUGAGCCACCUGGAGGGGUUGGCAGUGGUGUUGGAGGUCUGGGGAUGGGAGUUGGAGCUGGGAUGGGUGUUGGCAUCCCCCCACCAGAGAUCCAGCACAUCUUGGAGGAGGUUUCAUACAUUGCUCAGCGUUUCCGGGACCAGGAUGUGGCUGAGGCUAUCUGCAGCGAGUGGAAGUUUGCAGCGGCGGUGGUGGACCGGCUGUGUCUGGUGGCCUUCUCUCUCUUCUCCAUCAUUUGCACCUUCACCAUCCUCAUGUCAGCACCCAACUUCAUUGAGGCUGUUUCCAAGGACUUCACAUAGCUGGUUUCAGCAGCUAGAGAGGGGCGAAGGACCAUUCAAAUAUUAGAGAUAGAGAAGAGAAUAAGAGAAAGUGGAUGGGGGAGGGAAGUUAUAAAGAAUGCAAUAUGUGGUCCUGUACCUGAUGUCAAAGAGGUAAUCAAAGCUAUUGGCCAAUAACAUCUAUUAGUGAUAAACAAGUUGUGAUUAGACACAUUUUAGUGUUAUAUUUGUAAAUUCUUAAUGAAACUGUAUUUACAUCAGAGACCAAUUUUUAUUGUCUUCAGAAGGAAAACAGGUUGGGUUUGCAGACAAAUGAGCCCUCAGGCUGGAGUUGGAAAUCACAGAGGCAGUAGAGUGUAAAAUAGAUUUCCUUUUCUAAAUUGUUGUCAAAAUAUUAAUAAGGAGUAUUAUAUAGUGUUGCUGCAUAUUGUCUUUACCCUGACAACAGUAUGAGUAUAAUGAUAAUAAUGAUAUUCAUAGUAAUUAUAACAAUUGAUUGAAUUUAUAUAGCGCCUUCCAGGACGCUUUACAUGGUGGAGGGACCAGACAAAGAACAAAACAAAACUGGUGAGAGGCAGAGUAAAGGGGUGGUUGUAGGCUGUGGAGAAUAGAUAUAGUUUUAGAAGGUAUUUGAAUGAGUCAAUGAUGGGGCAUUGCAAAUGUCUGAGGGAAGGGUGUUCCAGAGGGUGGGGGCUGUGACACUGAAGGCCCUGUCUCCACAGGUGCAGAGUGUGGUGUGGAGAGCAGGCCAGGGUCUGAGGACUGGGGGUUUCGGGACAUGGUGUGUGGGUGUAGGAGGUUGGAGAGGUACUGAGGGGCUAGGGCUUGGAUGGAUUAUCAUUGUUUUAUCAGCUUUAUUUGUUUUAAAAACUUGCUUUUUUUGUCCUACAAAUACCACUCUUCUCUCCAGUGCAUUUAAGUCAUCCAAGCUGUCGCUGUCUUGUACUGUUAAUGUGUAAAUCAACACCAGUUCAUACACCAGCUGUAUAUCUUCUGAACCCAAAAUCCGACUUCACAGACUUUUCAGAUGAUCAUCUCCACUUUUUGUCAAAAAACAGCUCUGAGGAACAUUUAUUUUCUGCUGAUAUUUGUGGCCCUUUGGACAAAAGCAGUAGCCGACUUGUCAUGUUUGAGAUCUUGAUCCUGCUAGCAUCUCUUUUUGUCUUGGAAGCAAAGGAACGAAAGACACAUCCUCUUUUUAAUUCUUUUUCCUUUUUUUUAACACAGUUGUUAGCAAGAUGCAAAGUGAUUAAUCUAUGUGUAGCUAUGUAAUUAGUAUGCUAACUAAGAAAUAAUUAUGAUGACAUUUUGUAAACCUUUUUUUUAUUACUUUUCAAACACAAAGCCAACAGCAAACAGAUUUGUUUGCAUCAGCAAGCCCCUGUAAUUUAAGUCUUUAUUAUAAUAUAAACCAACAGAUUAAUAUAGAUAAAUUGCAAUGUUACUUAUUAAAUAUUAGAUAGGCCUAAAGGAAAAAGGUCUGUACACCGUUCAGCUCCGUCUUCACUUAUUAAAUAAGAGAAGGAGAGCAAAUUUGGAUUCCUUUUUGCUGUUUUCUAAAUCUGUCCAUUUGACCUUUUUUGUUCUUUGGUCUAUUCACUGUUUACACGGCAGCCAUUUUACUGUGAUGCCAUGCUAAGUCUGGGAAGCUCAAAUGAUGCUAUAAGUCAUCAUGUUGUGUUCCAGGUUAUAUGUUGUUGUAUGAAUAAAGUGUAUUUGACUAUCAAUAUAUUUCUACUACUUCCAGAUAAUGAGCAACUUAACAGAAAUGGAUAUUAAAAAUCCAGAGAGAGAGAGAGAGAGAGAGAUAAGGCUAUUUCAGGAUAACAACUAAUUUGAUAACGAAUUAGCUACCGUUUUACAGCAGUUAAUGUUAGCAUUCAACCACUUCCUUGCUAACAAUACAAUAAGCUAGGAUUUAAUAUCCUUGCUAACGUCACACGGGCAAAGAAAAUACAGAUUUUCAAUUGGAUAUGGAAUUCAAGCAAGUUCAGCUACUUCUAAGCUAGCAUUAACAUUAGCUAACAAGUCACUAGAUGCUAACAUUAGAUGUUACCUCAAUGUAGCUUAUUGGUUUAAAAUCUGUUGUUUAUGUUUGAAUUGGCCAGAUUCUACCAUUUCAUUUUCAAAGCAGUGUAAUGAUGAACUUAUUGUCAGAUUCUCUAGAGGUAUACGACAUGCAGCCUAGACAACAGCAGCACAACAAGAACAUUUGAACUUCCAGAUCUGAUAAUGACCUCAGAAGAAAACCGUCAAUUCUCCACUUUUCAUCACUGCUGAACCUGCUCUGUAGCUACAGAUGUGCGUACUAGUCUCUAGUUACGAUUCCCCCCCCCGCGCUUUGUUUUACCUGGUUAACUUACUACUGACUGUGAAAUCGUCUGGUUUGCUAUUGUGUGUCAUAUAGAGGCAUCAGUCAUAACUGAAGAGAAGAACUCCUCAUUGUGCGGUCAAAUGAGAUGUUUCUACCUUUUUUUUUCACUUUUUUUCACAGAAUGAAAUAUAACUGGAUUAUUUUGACACAAAUGUAGAGGUAUAUGUAUUUUUAUUAAUGAGAUUAGAAAUGCUAAAUUAGGAUAACUUUGGGUUGUUUGUAUUAUUUUAUAGCUGCAAUACAAUCCGUCAUGUUUGAACAGUUUGUUUUUAUGAAAUGAUGAAACAUCCACUAUGUUGUAUUCAAUUGAACUGUGUUGACUGGUAUUUACUGGUGUUGACCACUAACAAAAAUAUACACAUGUCCAUCUAUAGUACAGUAAAACACUGUAAGUUUCACUGAUGAAGCAAGUCAAAUAAAAGUUAUUUAUCUACUUUAAAUGGUUUAUAUUUAUGAAGUUUAAAAUAAUUCGCAUUCAUUUACUUGUUGGAAUUCACUAAACAUAGAUGGCCAUUGACGUUGCUGAGCGUUUAGACUUUUGAACCUUGGAAAUCUACACUGUCCCAUCUGCCACUGUAUCACUGGAGAAUAUACUGUAGAUUUAAAAUUGUCCUUGUGUCAGUGAGUUUUGUCUGUGUUUGUAAUUUCUGCCAGGUGUUUAUCACAACCAAGUCUUUAGAGCGUUUCGUUCCACCUUCAAGCCAACUCUUUGUGUUAGUGGCCAUUGGUCUUUGUAUCUCUUUUUCUAUUAAGUAUGGGUUUUUUUGCUCUAUGUUAA